AUGGCUCCCAACAGAGGUCGCAAUCGCGCUGCGGAAUUCGAGGAGCUUGUAAAGCCUGUCGGGAAAGACUUCGAUCCGGAAGAAGAAGAUAUUGCUGUCGAUGACAGCGACGAAGAGCCAAGCGAGGCCGAGGACGAUUUCGAUGGCAGAGAACAUUAUGUAGCCGUCACUCAGAGCAAGCUGCGGAAGCCGACGAAAGCAGUCCCACUUGGUCCCAAAUACAGAGGUUCACAAGUUGGACGCGAUGCACUCGACCAGGACUCGGACUCGGACGAUCCUUUCAACAAAUCAUUCGAUGAGGAGGAAGAAAGUGACGCGGAUGGCGACUUGGAGAUGGCAGACGGGGAAGGAAGCGGCGACGACGACUCAGAGGGCAGCGAAGAGGAGGGCGACGAAGAAGGYACUUCCGACACCGACAUGAGCGAGGAUAAUGGCGACGAACUCAUGGCUAAACCAGGAGACGACGAUGCUAAGCUGAGAAAAGAGCUGGAAAAAGUCGUUGGAGAUGAUCUCAAGAAUGCAGUCUCGGCAUCAAUAUCACGGGCUAGCAAGGAAGAUGCGGAAAAGGGAAGGGCCGUCAAGAAGCAACGCACCGCAUUCGACUCUCUCCUCAACACCAGAAUGAAGAUGCAAAAGUCGCUUAUUGCGACAAACACUCUGGCCGGACUUGGAGAGGAUCAGAUCGCGGCUGAAAAGGACGACGCGGAACAGGCUCUGGAGGCUGCGGAGACAGCGGCUUUCAAUCUAUGGAAUACGCUCAACACAUUCCGCGAAGACUURCUUGCAUCUCGAGCUGGUCAGAAGCGGAAGCGCGCUAGUUUCUCCUUGGAUACCCCUACUGAGGAUCUCUGGGCGCAUGAGCAAUCGCAAGAGGCAGAGAUCAAGCCUACUCGCGACGCUGUGCUGAAGAAAUGGUCGGCCAAAUCACAGGGACCAACUGUCGUGGCCGAUAAGACUCGUCUGAACAAGAAAGAACAUCAAGCCACAAUCAUUGAUGUGCUUCAGGAACAGCUUUCGAACAGCGAACGCCUCGUAAAACGUACCCAAGCACCGAGAUCGUGCGCUCCGCUCCAAGUCUCGCAAGGCGUUACGGAGAGCGAGAAGAUCUAUGAUGAUGCGGACUUCUACGGACUCUUGCUGAAGGAGCUCCUGGAACAGAAGAGUCAAGAUUCGGUGGCAGCUUCGAACAUCGACAUCGGAUUUCAGAUGCGUAGAGAGGCAAAGGUGAAGAAGAAUGUCGACACCAAGGCGAGCAAGGGGCGGAAGCUGAGAUAUACUGUCCACGAGAAGCUGCAGAAUUUCAUGGCCCCCGAAGAUAGGAGUAAGUGGGGUGAGAGGCAGGCGGAUGAACUGUUUGGAAGCUUGUUCGGACAGAGGAUGGCUUUGGGCGAGGAUGAUGAAAUGGGAGAUGAGGAGGAUGGUAUUGAUCCAGAGGAAGCUGGAUUGAUGCUCUUCCGGAAUUGA